AUGACAUUGGAGCAUUUUGAUAGGAUAAUUAUGUUUGAUAAUUAAUCAAUAUACAAUGUGAUUGAUUAACAAUUAGAUUUAGAUUAUGUAGAUUAUUCCCAUUUAAAUAACGUGAUUGCAUAAAUAAUUAGUUCAUACACUGGACUAAGAAGAUUUAACAACAUUAACAAUUCCAAACUUUUUUAAAAUAUUUGUCCAUAUUCUGAUUUGCAUUAUAUCAUUCCUUCAUAUGGAAAAAUGAGUUUAAUAAAUGAUUACACUAGAAAUAAAUAAAAUCAAACUGAAUUUAUAAAAUAUCUAAUUUAAAAGGAGAUUAAACUUUAUUAAUGUACUAAAAAUCCUAAACAUCUUUCAACAACCUUAUUAUUUAGAUAAAAGGAAGAGAACAAUUUUUAUGGCAAGUUCAAUUUGACCCUUUAAAAUUUAGAACAUUUCUAUCAAUAAAAUCCUCUAGUUUUUCAAUGUACUUCAUCUAAUUACUAAAUAUUACCUGAACUGGCUGAAAUGAAAUAAACUGGAAUAUUCUUCUCAAAUGAUGCUUCAAUUUCAAACAGAUUUAAUUUGUUAGGAAAGUAGUGGGAUUAACUUUAUGCUAAACGAGCUUUUGGUUGGGUCUAUGUUGGAGAAGGUCUUGAAGAAUGUGAAUUUUAAGAAGGAAGAAACAUAUUGGAAUCUUUAGAAAAAAGUUACAGUGGAAUUAUAGAUGCACCUGAUUCUUCAAAUUAGAAUAAUUUUAAUGAUGAAUUAUGA